AUGCGCGCCGCGCCGCCGCCCGCGCCGCUCCUGCCGCUGCUGCUGCUGCUGCUCGCGCUCCUGGCCGCGCCCGCCGCCCGCGCCCGCAGAGCCGAGUCCGCCCCGGCGCCGCAGCCCCAAGCCGAGCGCCAGCCGCGGCCGUCGCCCGGCCCGGGGCCCGGCAACGCCACCCGGACGGGGUCUGGGGCCGCGGCGGCGGCAGCGGCGGCGGGCGGCGGCGGCGGCAGCUCCAACAGCAGCGGCGACGCCCUGGUGACCCGCAUCUCCAGCCUGCUCCGCGACCUGCCCACCCUGAAGGCGGCCGUGAUAGUGGCGUGCGCCUUCACCGCGCUGCUCAUCGCCUGCCUGCUGCUGCGCGUCUUCAGGUCGGGAAAGAGGUUGAAGAAGACCCGCAAGUAUGACAUCAUCACUACUCCAGCCGAGCGAGUGGAAAUGGCCCCGCUGAACGAAGAAGAUGAUGAGGAUGAGGACUCCACAGUAUUUGACAUCAAAUACAGGCUCGACAGUUCGUCCGAAGCCGACCCCAAAGAGUUCAGUUCGAGGAGCCAUCACUUGAUAGGCAGCGAGGACUGGGUUCCAGGAGAUUGCAGCAUGCCAUUUGGAGAGGUGCAUCUAACUGUCGACGCCGUACUGACGUCCAGGGUGGGCUGGAAGAAACUUGGACUGAGGUGAAAGAAGCAGGGAGAAAGGAAGAGAGGAAAGGAGAGUCUGGAGGUGCUCCUUGUGUUCUUGAGGGAAAAGGGGAACCUCUCUGGACCCAUCAGCAAGGAAUACCAACCCUGCCCCAGCCCCAGAGCGGAAAUCACUGUCGCUGUGUGGAGCGUUCAUCACAUCCCUCCCGGACUUCCUGGGCACACACAGACGACAUGGCUAUAGGUCAUUGGAGAAGCUGGUUGGUUGGACAUAGUCUCAUGGGCGCAACAGAUCCAUCGCUUUCAGGGGACUGGGUGUCUCAAAUGGACACAGAGCGACCCUUGCCAUCCAGAGAAGAAUGGAGAAAAGAGUGUGGGUAAAGAUGCGGGCAAGCGGCUGGGGCUCCUGCUGUGCCCACCCGGGGGGCGGGCAGUGGCAAUGUGGGGAGGCCCAGAAG